AUGCCCGUCAUUCAUGUCGCUCUCAUCGAGGCAAUCGCCACCUUGCGCAACGAGGCGGAAAGCGAGAACAGCAAGGCCAUGAAUAAAGUCUACGAUCUCAUCGGUAAUGGUACUGCUUCUGAGCCAGUGGCCUCCUACCUUCGUCAGACCAUCGCUACCGGCGGCGACAUCACUCGCGUGGGCGAGCUCAAGGCCAAGCUCGCCGACAUCGAGGACCACGCCGACCGCGCUCACAUCCUCCAGCACGUCGACAAGGCCAUCGCUAUCUUCCAAGCACGCCGCUAG